AUGUCUCUGUCCACCGAUGCCUCUGGUGGUAUACAGGUGGACUUCUUCGUGAAUGGAAGGAGGAGCCUCCAGAAGGCGCCGCUCUCGAACUUCCGCUUCGAGGGCUACGUUCAUCCAGAGGCGUACCUGGACAAGUCAGACGCUUCAGGCCGUCCGGUCAUCAAGUUUUUGCGGAGCGCCUGGGCAGAAAGCACUGAGGAGCUCCCAGCCUUUGACAUCGGCAACAUCCUUGAUGUUGGCCCACUCGCUGAGAUCGGCCGUGCCUUGGCCUCCUUCGCGUCAAACCGCAGCCUGAGGCGUAGCGUGGGCAGGAGGAAAGCUCGGCGAUUCCGCUUGGGCAGUCGUCCAUACGCGCCUCGCUCUGGGAGCGUUGCGAGGGCAAUGGGGACAAACAUCAGCCGUUUCCUCGAGCGGUUGAACGCAGCCGGCAUUGGCCUGGAGGGUUCCUUCCUCAACAUUGGCGCAAACGACGGGAUCGGCGAUGAUCCUUUGGCUCACUAUGCCCAGAGCUCACUUGUGAAGGAGAGUGGUGCUGCAGUCGCCAUUGAGGCGGACGAAGAGCUGUGUGCGAAGCACCGGCGGAACCUUCCCUGGGUGGCCCUUCACUGCGGUUUCGCCGUGCCAUCCACAUUGAGGUCGUUGCUGGGGCCUCUGCCCUGGAGGAGUCUGGAUGUGCUCAAAGUAGACAUCGACUCCUACGACGGUCUGAUCGUGGACGAAUGUGUCCACCGCCUGGGCUGGCGCCCGAAAGUCAUACAAGUCGAGGUAAAUGCGGGCAUCCCUCCGCCUUUGCAGUACUCGCUCUUGGACUCGCCAUUGCUGCGUGAGCACUUGCCCUAUGUGGAGGUGCAUGGGCCGAUCUUCGGAGAGAAGGAGAUGCGCCUGCACAUGAAUUCCCCAAUUGCAGGGACUUCGCUGUCAUAUUAUGUGCAGCAUCUGUGGCCCGUGUACGUGCUCUGGGACAUUGUGAGCCCCGAUGCCAUUUUCUUGCGUGCCGACCUGGCAGAAGUCACAGGCGUCGAGGCGCUUGACGAGUUCCACGCCUUUGCAUGGAGCUGGGCAGACAUCCAUAACUUCCACAGGGACUUGGUCCGGCGCUGGACCUUCGAGUUGGAUGCCGAGAGCGCCCUUGGCGAGGCCUUCCAGUACAUGGUGAACUGGAUGAAACAACAUCUUGGCAUCAUCCUGCCAUUCCACCUCGGCUUGUAG